AUGGCACACGCGGCUCGCAUCGCGCGACAGGCCGUGCAGUCCGCGACGAUCGCGCGCGUGCGAUUCUCCACGGAGGCGGCGAAAGCUUCGCGCGAGACGCUGCUGGUGGAGGACGACGUGGCGCUGCGCAAGUGCAAUCCGCAGAAGGCCGCCCUGGCCGCCUGCAACACUGCUGGCAACGCCGUCACGGCACUCGUGCUCGCAGCCGCAGCCGUGGACCUGUCGUACCGCGUCAUGAACGCCCGCACUGACCAGUGA